AUGAUAUGUAAUAUUAUGUCAAGGUUAAAUAAAUUAAAUAUGGGAUCAGUGCAAAUAUUGCUUUCGAUUGUUACUGUGAUUUUGACUGCGAUAAUUGUACAAUAUUAUGUAGCCGUUCGUAUACCUGGUCCAAUGGUGCAUCCAAUAAAAUAUAGAAUUAUUUCUGGCACUUUUGCAUUCAUCCUUGAUAUUAGCCGUUUUUUUGAAUCAAUUACUGGCUUUCCUUAUUAUAAAUUACUCAAUAUAAUUGUUGAUUCGUUUGAUCCUAUUAAAAUACGCCCAUUUGACCAUGGACAAGUAUUGUAUAAUGAUCAAUUUAUUGAUAAUGUUCUUGUUCGAAUUUAUGCACCACAAAAUGUAUCGAGUACAUUCUUAUCACCAGUUAUUAUAUUCUUUCAUGGUGGUGGAUUCUUUUUUGGAAGCAUUUAUUCACAUGAUACAAUGAAUUAUCAUAUGUCUAUGUAUACGGGUGCGACAGUCAUUGCCGUAAAUUAUCAGUUAACACCUCAUGUUCAUUAUCCAACACCACUCGAAGAUGGCAUCAAAGUAGCUCGAUAUGUUAUUAAUAAUUAUCAAGAAUUUAAUAUUGAUCCUACGAAUGUCUUUCUCUCUGGUGAUUCAGCUGGCGGCGGUAUGGCUGUAGUUGUUGAAAGACAUCUACGUCGUGAACACAAACCAGUUAUUCGUGGUGUUCUUCUGCUUUAUCCUUUACUGCAACUUGUUAAUUUUCGUUUAUCAUCAUAUCGUACUUAUUUACCCUAUCGUCUCUUAUCAUUACUUCGUGAGGAUAUUCUUGUACAAGUUACAAAUUUUUAUAUAAACACAACAUUUUCUGAUGAUGAAUUAUUUAAUAAUCGACAUCUAUCACAGGAUGACUAUAAAAAUUUCUUUUCAAAAUUAAAUAUAAGUAAUUUAGAUCAAGAAAUAACUGAUGAUAUUAACGAACAUGGAUUAUUAUCUAAAGCAUCACAUCCCGAUACUUGGAAAUUAUUCGAUGAAAAUGUUUCACCUUUAUUAGCUGAUGACGAAAUUUUACGUAACACUCCAGCGACAUUUAUUGUUGCUUGUACAUAUGAUGUACUGCUAUCUGAUGCUCAAUUAUAUUUUAAUCGUUUACAACAAUUGAAUGUUACAAAUAUUAUGUACAGAGAAUAUGCUAUAUUUCAUGGUGUAAUGACAUUCGUCGAUUUUCCGGUUGCUUUCAAUGAAGCUUUUGAUAUUAUUAAUGAUAGUGCUCAAUUUGUAGUUAAUAUAACUACUUUAGUAAAGUAA